AUGAAGAAGACGGUAGCUGAAAUUCUUGCAUAUGUCGCCCUAUGGGAUGUGGCCUCUGAUCCCAGUCCUCUUCAGGACUUCUGUGUUGCUGUCAAUGAUUCUAAAGCUGCUGUGUUUGUGAAUGGGAAUUUCUGCCAGGACCCAAAGAUGGCCACGGCUAAUGAUUUUUUCUUCCCCGGGCUCAACAUCCCUGGUAACACGUCUAAUAAACUCGGGUCCAUGGUCACGCCUGUAACAGUUGCACAAAUUGGUGGACUAAACACCCUUGGAAUUUCUAUGGCACCCCUUGAUUUUGCACCAUAUGGCCUCAACCCUCCUCACACACACCCUCGUGGUACCGAGAUCCUCACUGUCAUGGAAGGCACCCUCUAUGUGGGAUUUGUUACUUCCAACCCCGAUAAUCGUCUCAUAAGCAAGGUCCUAUGCCAAGGAGAUGUGUUUGUGUUCCCUAUUGGUCUCAUUCACUUCCAGCUAAAUGUUGGAAACACACCUGCCGUAGCUAUUGCAGCAUUGAGCAGUCAGAAUCCAGGAGUAAUCAGCAUUGCAAAUGUAGUGUUCGGCUAG